AUGAGGUAUGAAGCUGUACUGCUGAUAAUUUUCGCUCUGAUUGCUGAAGUGAAACCACAGUAUCCUGACUAUAACCCCUAUUACGGUUUCCCAUAUGGUGCGCCUAUGGGAGGUGACAUUCCCUAUGGGCAAGAGGAUGCCGCAGGAGUGGACCCGGUAGCUGGUGCCAUAGUUGGAGCGAUUACAGGUGGCUUGAUGGGGCUAUUAUCUGGUGGAAAGAAAUGA